AGCAGGUCCACUGGAGACAUGGUGACGCACAGCCCUCUGCUGCUCACCGUCACCUGCGUGUGCUUCUCACGAGGAUUACUCUGGUCCUACCUGGAGGAAACUGGCACAGACGGAGAGAAAUGCUCGGAAAAUAACAUUGCCACAACGAUUUACCCCUGCCUCAAGUCCACAGGAGAAGUGACCACAUGCCACAGAAAAAAGUGCUGCAAAGGAUUCAAGUUUGUGCUGGGGCAGUGCAUUCCUGAAGAUUAUGACGUGUGCGCCGGCGCCCCCUGCGAGCAGCAGUGCACGGACCACUUCGGACGUGUCGUUUGCACCUGUUACCCUGGUUAUCGUUAUGAUCGCGAACGCCACCGAAACCGAGAGAAGCCCUACUGUUUAGACAUUGAUGAAUGCGCAGAGAGAAACGGUGUCUGUUCUCAGAUCUGCAUCAACACAUUCGGGAGCUACAAGUGUGAAUGUGAGAAGGGCUUUUUCCUGGAGGAAGAUAAGAAAACGUGCUCGAUGGGAGAGAGAGUGAGACUUUUUGAAAAGUCAGAAAAUGUCAUGAAUGCUGAAACGUGCUCAGCUACGUGUGACGAUUUCCACCAGAUCAAGCUGUCCGUCCUGCAUCUCAAACAGAAGAUGGCUGUGCUGUCCAACAGUGCAGAGAUCCCAGAGCAGAUGACCAGUCAGAAGGUCCGGGGAUCGCCCUUGUUUAUACCUGGGCCUCUGGGGCCUCCAGGAGAACCAGGACCACAAGGACUGAAGGGAAAUCUGGGCCCACCUGGCCCUCCUGGCCCACCUGGGCCGAGGGGUUUGAUGGGACCCACUGGGCCGACCCCAGACCUCUUCCACGUCAAGAGAGGCCCACGAGGACCAGUGGGACCUCAAGGCGCUCCAGGACGGGAUGGCAUCAAGGGGGACAGAGGAGCUCGGGGGCCGGCUGGACCACCAGGCCCUCCAGGAUCUUUUGACUUCCUGCUCCUGUUGAUGGCGGACAUUCGUAACGACAUCGCCGACCUGCAGAGUAAAGUGUACGGGCAUCCGGCGCAGUCUCCCGACGACUUUCCCUCCGUCCCGGACAGCUGGAGCGAGCGGGACCAGGACUCGGACGUGGGCUCAGGGGAAGAGCACAAAACACAACCUCCUCCAGCACGAAUAGGAGGAAACACAAGGAGAAAUCGAAAGAAGAAACCCACAGAGCGUCCCACAGACUGGACGAGAUGA